CUAUAUUGGGAGGGAGGAAAGCAAGAACAACAAGAAGAAGAGGAGAAAAGGUGGUGGUGUUUUAAGUAGCUGAUUUGGAUGGCCGUGGAAUACCAUUGCUGCGAGGGCCGGUUCUUUCUGCACAUAGUGAUCAUUGUGCUGCUGGUGCUCUUCGCCGGGCUCAUGUCGGGCCUCACCCUGGGGUUGAUGUCGCUUAGCCUUGUCGAUCUCGAAGUCCUCGCCAAGUCCGGCACGCCUCAGGACCGCAAGCAUGCCGCCAAGAUAUUGCCUGUUGUGCAGAGACAGCAUUUGUUGUUGUGCACUCUUCUUACAUGCAAUGCUGCAGCCAUGGAGGCUCUCCCCAUUUUUCUUGACAGUUUGGUCACAGCAUGGGGUGCUAUCUUGAUCUCGGUGACAUUGAUACUUCUGUUUGGUGAGAUUAUCCCACAGUCUGUGUGCUCUCGACAUGGGUUAGCUAUUGGAGCAGCAGUUGCACCGGUUGUCCGUGUGCUUGUGUGGAUCUGCUUUCCUGUGGCAUAUCCAAUUAGCAAGUUGUUGGACUUUUUGUUGGGAGAAGGACAUGUAGCUCUUUUCCGCAGAGCUGAGCUGAAAACUCUUGUUACUUUACAUGGGAAUGAGGCUGGGAAAGGGGGAGAACUGACCCAUGAUGAAACGACUAUCAUUGCUGGAGCACUUGAACUUAGUGAGAAAAAAGCCAAAGAUGCCAUGACUCCUCUAUCUCAAACCUUUGCAAUUGAUAUCAAUGAAAAACUUGAUAGGAAUUUGAUGCAGUUGAUUAUGAAUAAGGGGCAUAGCAGAGUGCCAGUUUACUAUGAAAAACCAACAAACAUAAUUGGUCUCAUCCUGGUGAAGAACUUAUUGUCCAUACACCCUGAUGAUGAGGUGCCAGUUAAGAGUGUCACAAUUCGAAAGAUUCCACGGGUUCUAGAAGACAUGCCUCUGUAUGAUAUUUUGAAUGAGUUUCAGAAGGGUCACAGUCACAUGGCAGUUGUCGUAAAGCGAAGAGUCGCAACAGAACAGCCUAGCAACAUUGCAGAUGGUGAUUUGAAGCUGAAUAUUGAUGGUGAUAAGCCUAAUGAAAGAAAUGUGGAGAGUGCCAAGCAGCUACACAAGUGGAAGAGUCAUCCUUCAACUUCACAUAAGCUAAACAGGGGCAAUAGUAGAGGUAGAAAAUGGACCAGGGAUGAUUCAGCCAGUGUAUUGCAAAUUGAUGAUAAACCCCUGCCCAUCAUAAGUGAAGAUGAAGAGGCUGUUGGGAUAAUAACAAUGGAGGAUGUUAUUGAAGAGCUACUACAGGAGGAGAUAUUUGAUGAGACGGAUUAUCAUGAGGAUCGGCAGUGAAGUAUCGGUUCAGACUUUGUGUUUCAAUACAAGUUUCUUCAGAUGAAAGUCAGAUGUAUACAUGAUAUAUUGCAUAAUCAUCAUAUAAAGAACCAUUUCUACAUCAAUUCCACCUGGUGAGCCAGAAUUUUUUGUGUGGUGUGUUGUGUUGAAAAUGUCCUAUGUGUAAAGCUAUGAGUGGAUGCUAAGCCUUCAUAGUUUGCAACAUUUAUAGAUACAAGAGAGAGAAGUUCGUGGGUGGUUUGUAUUUGCUUGCAUAUUAGAUUCCAACUGGUAAGCAAAAGAGCAAUUAAUUUGUAUUUACUGCCAUCCAUCUUGAAUUAAUUUGUAUUUGUCUUAAAAUUUGUAUGAUUUAUUUGUUGAAAAAUUUGGGAGGGAGAUGGUUGGCA